CACCGGCGGAAACAUUGCGAUUGGGGUGAAUUUGACAGCGGGCUAUGGUUCGGUACUUUUGUUUUGGAUGUUGCGUUAGAAAGAGUCGGUUUAUGCGGGACCGGGGGCAGCGAUGUUCCGCUCAGCCGCCGGGAUUUAAACGGUUAACGCCGAACUCCGUUAGCCGAUCAAGCUAGCAGCAACUUUUUUGUGUCAGAAACGGUUGAAAAGAUUUCCCCCGGUGGUUCGGUUCGGUUAACAGAAACUUUACGAACAGCUGAGUUGAAAGAAACUUCGCUUCACUUCAGUUUUUUUUAGGACCCGAACUUUUUUCUUUUCUUUCGCAGACACAUCAUAUUUACAUUUUUGCUCAAACUUUUCAUUCCUGUUUGUUUGACAUCAGGUUUAGCGGUGAUCCGGCUCAGUCCGAGCUGGAGAUGGGAGACCCGCAGUUCGAGUCCCCGGAGGAGGAGCUCCGGUUCUGGAAGGAGCAGGCCGCCAGACACCAGCAGACCGCGGAGGAGGCUCGGGAGGAGCUGCAGGAGUUUCAGCAGAUGAGUCGGGACUACGAGGCGGAGCUGGAGACGGAGCUGAAGCAGUGCGAGGCCCGAAACCGCGAGCUGCUCGCCACCAACAACCGCCUUCGCACGGAGCUGGAAAACUACAAGGAAAAGUAUGAGACGCAGCACUCUGAGGCCUGCCGGCAGAUCUCCGGCCUGGAGGGGGACCUGGCUGAGACGUCGGCCGUCAGAGAUCAGCUGCAGAAGUACAUCCGAGAGCUGGAACAGGCCAACGACGACCUGGAGCGGACCAAGAGGGCGACCAUCAUGUCUCUGGAGGACUUUGAGCAGAGGAUGAACCAGGUCAUCGAGAGGAACGCCUUCCUGGAGAGCGAGCUGGACGAGAAGGAGAACCUCCUGGAGUCCGUUCAGAGGCUGAAGGAUGAGGCCAGAGACCUGAGGCAGGAGCUGGCCGUGCAGCAGAAGCAGCAGGUUCAGGACAGGAAGCCGUCGCUCAGCUGCUCCGUCAAAGACCCUUUGACCCCCUCGACCUCCACCGGGCUGCCCACCCCGCCUAUGACCCCCCCAGACAGAAGAGCAGAGGAUAAAACCGCCUUCUCCAAGUCAGCUCCAUCCUCCACCGUCACGCCGCCCAGACCCACCGCCUCCUCAGAGGACUUUUCCACGACGGCGCCCUGCACCAGCAGAGGUGAGAGCCUUUCAGCCACGCCCCUCACCAUGUCGGCCAGGAUCUCGGCUCUGAACAUCGUGGGUGAACUGCUGAGGAAAGUCGGGAGUCUGGAGUCCAAGCUGACGUCGUGUCGGGAAUACGUGCAGGAGCAGACAGCCCCCCGCAGGAACCCCCCCGGAGGAGUGGGAGCGCCGGCUGGACAGGGCGGCUCCCCCGACAGCCACCCCGCCAACGGGCUCUACAACCGGAGUCUAGUGAAGAGGCUGGACUUCGGCGCCGGAUCCAAGCUGCUCCUGUGAGAACAUCCCGCCGCCCCAUCCGUCCAGAGGUGGCGCUCCACGUGUGGGAGCCCCGCCUCUACAAGGAGCAGCCGAGAUGGGAUGAGCCUGUUGCCACGGAAACCCCAGAUGUUUGAGUUUGGCCCACUUAUGAACACAGCUUCUGUUUAGCACUUAGUUUGAACGUUGUGCCCUCUUCCUCCUCCUCCUCCUCACGUCCUUCAGCAUGAAGACAACAGAAGAAUUUUUAUCGUCUCAAAAGUUUAGAGGUAGAGUGGGGGGGGGGGGGGGGGUCUCAUUUCUGCAGGUUUGAUGCCGGACUAUAAGACAUAUGAAGGAUAAUGUGAACUGUAGGAGGUUGCAGACGUUUACUGGGAGGAAGAACAUUAGUUUGAUCGCACUAAGAACAGAAAACACAAACCUUGAGUCACUUUUCUGGGAGCUCCGGACGCCGUGAUGCUUCAUUUCAGACGCUUUAGUGUCUCUUUCUAGAGGAUGUUUUUCUGGAUAAAAUCCUCCUUAUCUGUAAAUGUGCAGAACCUCACUACAGUUUUGGUGCAAACCCUUUUCUUUUUUAGCUAAAGCAAAGUGAACGUUUGUGUUUUUCUGGAGGCCACUUUAGUGAAGUCAGCUGAUGUGGAUCCAUGCGCUGCUGGUUACAUCAACGGAAAGAUGAAAUGAAUGUCGUUUUAUAGAUUUGUACAGAUAAUUCCGUCCACUGACUGCAGAAGAACUGGAUCUCAUAGUUUUUGCACAUAUUGUGGUAACGUUUUAUUUAGUUUUCGUGGAGCAGAAAGGGGUAAACCUUAACGUUUAGAGGAAAAGUGUGUUUAUUUAUUUUUGUUGGGAGUUAAAAACGGACUCUUUUAAGGAUCUGCUGCCCCCUAGUGGCCGUCCAGGCUUUCACAUGCUGCCUUCAGGUGAAUGAAAACCUCUGAGGACGGAUUCAGUUGUGUGUUCUGUUGUGUAACUCAGCGAGUCAAACUGCCGUCCUGUUGAAAGUCUGAACCUGCUGUUUAGUUACUGAACAUUUUUAUUUAAACCUGAACAUUUAAGCCUCUGGUUAAACUGUAUUUGCUCCAACAACUCAGAUUCAUGUGACUGUGAUGCCACAUUUUCUUGUUCGUCCUCUAAGAAAUAUUUGACUGUUUUUUAUUACAUGUGAAUCUGUGACUCCGCCCCUUUAAAGGUCACUAUAGCAACUGCACAUCCUCCAGGUCUUUGGGUGGACCGGAUUUUCUUCCAAAGAUGCAGAUCAGAAAGAUUUGAUUUGAUUCUGUGGGAAACACACUUCUGCCUUGGUUUGAUUUACAUUGAUGACAAAUGUGCAGCAAAAGUCCAAAAGGAAACCCGGACCUCCGCCUGAGGCAGAGACGAAGACCCGGAUCCUCGGUGCCUUUGGGUCCUCCUUUAAACUGGCCGGAGGAUCAGGUGACCUCCUGAAAGCUUCACCCCAGAAGAGGAUGGGGAGGAUGUUUCUGCAGGAACUCUUGAGCGUCGGACGUUCCUCCACAGACGCAGGAUGGAGUUUGGUUUAGACUGGGGGGGUGUUUCCAUGCUUUCACCUGGAGCUCUGUUUCGUUUUUACUUAGAUGGGAAAGGUCACCUGAAGUGCUACAGAUGUUUCCCGUCCUUUUUCACCUGCAGUGCUGCUCUGAUGCUCCUCAAAGAGCAAUAAAGCUGAGAAAAAGCUCCA